AUGAUGAAUUCCCUUCGGCUCCAUUCCGCGUCGGUUCGCCGCGCUGUCGCCUCCCCUCUGUCUGCCCCUCUCUCUUCCUCCGCUUAUCGCUCGAUCUCCUGCUCUUCUUCUUCUUACAUUUCCUCUUCGUCUUCUUCUUCUUUCUCGACUGCUGCUACCCCUCGCGCUCAGAGACCCCUCGCUUCGUCUCAGCUCCCUCGUAUUGUCUCCCCCCGCCAGACCGGAAUCUACCCUUUGCAGUGGACACAGGCCCGCACCAUGGCAACUGAAGGCCCCAAGAUCAAGGUUAAGAACCCAGUGGUGGAACUGGAUGGAGAUGAGAUGACCCGUAUUAUCUGGCAGGAGAUCAGAGAGAAGCUAACUUCCGAGUCCAGUUACCUUGACAUUGACCUCAAGUACUACGACCUGGGACUUGAAUACCGUGACCAGACCGAUGACCAGGUCACCGUCGAGGCCGCGGAGGCCAUCAAGAAAUAUGGUGUUGGUGUCAAGUGUGCUACCAUCACCCCCGAUGAAGCCCGUGUUGAGGAGUUCAAGUUGAAGAAGAUGUGGCUUUCUCCCAACGGAACCAUCAGAAACAUUCUCGGCGGAACUGUCUUCCGUGAACCCAUCAUCAUUCCCCGCGUUCCCCGUCUCGUACCUGGGUGGACCAAGCCUAUCAUCAUUGGACGUCACGCCUUCGGUGACCAGUACCGUGCCACUGACCGUGUGAUUCCCGGCCCCGGCAAGCUUGAGCUUGUCUACACCCCUGUCAAUGGCGAGCCCGAGACCGUCAAGGUCUACGACUUCCAGGGCGGCGGUGUUACUCAGACUCAGUACAACACUGAUGAGUCCAUCCAGGGCUUCGCCCACGCCAGUUUCCAGAUGGCCUUGCUGAAGGGUCUGCCUCUGUACAUGAGCACCAAGAACACCAUUCUGAAGAAGUACGAUGGUCGCUUCAAGGAUAUCUUCCAGGAGAUCUACGAGUCCACCUACAAGAAGGAUUUCGAGGCCAAGAACAUUUGGUAUGAGCACCGUCUGAUCGACGAUAUGGUCGCUCAGAUGAUCAAGAGCGAGGGUGGCUUCGUUAUGGCUCUUAAGAACUACGAUGGUGAUGUUCAGUCGGACAUCGUCGCCCAGGGUUUCGGUUCUCUGGGUCUGAUGACCUCUACCCUCACCACCCCCAGCGGUGAGGCCUUCGAGUCUGAAGCCGCUCACGGUACCGUGACCCGUCACUACCGUGAGCACCAGAAGGGCCGUGAGACCUCCACCAACCCCAUUGCCUCCAUCUUUGCCUGGACCCGUGGUCUGGUGCAGCGUGGCAAGCUCGACGAGACCCCCGACGUGGUUGCUUUCGCCGAGGAGUUGGAGCGUGCCUGUAUCGAAGUCGUGAACGACGAGGGCAUCAUGACCAAGGACUUGGCUCUCGCCUGCGGCCGCAAGGACCGUGACGCGUGGGUCACCACCAAGGAGUACAUGGCAGCUGUUGAGCGGAGGCUGAAGACCAACCUGAAGUCCAGACUGUAA